GAGAAGCCUCCACGUGGUACAGUUUCUUGAAAGCAUCGCAGUGAAGUUCGGCAGAGCCUGCGACAGAUUCUCUUUCGGAUGGUGUAAAUGCGUUUUGAACGGCUUUUAGGUCCGUAAAAGGUCUGAAGUACCUUCUGAACGGGUAAAGGAACAUGGGGGGAGAGGGUUAUUAUCCGAUCAGAGGUAAUUAAAAGGACAAGGAAAAAGGCAGCUACAAAUGUCCACUAUGAAGCUUAAAAGAAACAAGUUUAAAGCAUCAUCUAAACUGAAACAAAAAGGCAUCAAAGUUACCGGGCAAUGGAAACCCAUUGAGAUUGAUCCAAAUCUCUUUGCUGAUGAAGAGCUUGGAGGCAUAAUAUGUUUUGAAGAGCUUACCGAUUACAAACUGGUGUCUUCCUUGAAAGAGGGAGAAGAAAAGGCUGCCAAAAGAAAAUGCAACGAUGAACAGAUUGAAAAAGUAUGUAGUGCCACUCCCCCCAAAAAGAGAAAGAAGAAGAAAAAUUUAGAACAUGGAGAAAGAAAGAAGGAGGAACUUGAAAUAGAGGAAAAAGUAAUUGAACAGGAGGUCAGGUGCAAAAAAGCCAUUGUUAAAUAUGAGCAAAAUGAUUAUGAGCCAACGGAGCUGACGGGCCUGGAAAGAAAACCCCCAAAGAAAAAGAAGAGAGGGAAAAAGAAGAAACCAUGUUCUCUCCAAAAUGUUCUUGAACCAACUGGAGCUUCCAAAAAAGCUAAUAACUGGGCAGCCAAAGUCUUAUCCACAAAAUCAGAUCACAAAACGGAUGUUACUGCAUGGAAGAGCCUCUUUGUCCCUAAGCCUGUCCUUUGGGCAUUGAGUGAAUUGGGGUUCAGUACACCAACUCCCAUCCAAGCACUAACUCUACCAUCUGCAAUUCGAGAUAGCAUGGAUAUCCUUGGUGCUGCUGAAACAGGGAGUGGAAAGACUCUAGCUUUUGCCAUUCCAAUGAUCCAUUCCAUCCUACAGUGGUACAGAUCAAAAAAUAGGACAACCAGCACACUUGAAGAAACAGCGGACAGUGAAGAUGAAAUGGCAGAGCAGGAUACAGGUGAAGAAACGAGGAGACUAAAUUCAGAUACGGAUGAAACUGGUGCUCCUGCAGAUUGCAAUGAGUCUGUGACAGUAAACUCCAUGGAGUUAUUGCAGGAUUCAGGAUAUGAUGUGGAUUCCCCAAAACAGAAUUCUGUUAAAGAUAAAAAUAAUCCUCUUCUGGGAUUGGUCUUGACUCCUACAAGGGAACUGGCUGUCCAAGUAAAGCAUCAUAUUGAUGCAGUGGCCAAGUUCACAGGUAUUAAAACGGCCAUUCUUGUUGGAGGAAUGGCUUCUCAAAAACAGCAGAGGAUGUUGAAGAGGAAGCCAGAGAUUGUCAUCGCAACUCCAGGGCGCCUGUGGGAGCUAAUCCAGGAGAAGCAGCCCCAUCUCUGCAAUCUCUGGCAGCUCAGAUGCCUGGUGAUUGAUGAAGCAGACCGGAUGGUGGAGAGGGGACAUUUCUUAGAGCUGUCUCAGUUGCUGGAAAUGUUGAGUGACACACAACAUAACCCAAAACGUCAAAUAUUUGUCUUCUCUGCCACCCUGACUUUGAUCCAUCAAGCUCCCACUAGAGUUCUGCAGAAGAAAAAUGCUAUCAAAAUUGACAGGAAGACCAAGCUGGAAAUGUUGAUGCAAAAAGUGGGCAUCAAGGGAAAGCCCAAAGUGAUAGAUUUGACCAGAAAAGAGGCAACUGUGGAGACUCUCACGGAGACCAGAAUUCAUUGUGAUACAGAAGAGAAAGAUUACUACCUUUAUUAUUUUCUGCUUCAACAUCCAGGCAGAACCAUGGUUUUUGCAAACAGUAUAGAUUGUAUCAAACGACUUACUGCACUCUUGACCAUCAUGGACUGCAAUCCACUGCCUCUUCAUGCAAACAUGCACCAGAAGCAAAGGUUAAAAAACCUGGAGAGAUUUGCAGAACGCAACAGCUGUCCCCUGUUGACAACAGAUGUAGCUGCUCGUGGUCUUGAUAUUCCUUAUGUACAGCAUGUCAUACAUUACCAGGUUCCCCGUACUUCCGAGCUUUAUGUUCACAGAAGUGGCAGGACUGCCAGAGCUGCCAACGAGGGCCUGAGCUUACUACUGAUUGGCCCCCAGGACUUGAUUAAUUUUAAAAAGAUUUAUAAAACACUGAAGAAGGACGAAGAGCUUCCUUUCUUUCCAAUUGAGGCAAAAUACAUGACAGCAGUCAAGGAGCGUGUGAAUUUGGCAAGACAGAUUGAGAAGAUUGAGUAUUUUAACAGCCGAGCCAAGCACCAAAACUCAUGGCUCCAGCAAGCUGCAGAAGCACUUGAACUUGAUCUGGAUGAUGAUGAGCUAAUAGGAGGCCAGUUCACUGAGCGAGAAGACAGCGAGAAGCAGAAGAUGCUGAAGGGAAUGAAGAAGCAACUAAAGCACCUGCUCAGUCAGCCAGCAUUUAAAGGUCUUAUGAAAACCAAAUACCCAACCCAAUCGGGGAAAUUAAUUCUAUCUGACUGCAUAGGCCAGCACUCUCAGUCUGCCUUGAGUGCUAUAUCAAUAGUACAAGUGAAGAAGGUAAAGAAGAAACAAUAAUAGUGAUACAUUAAAUAAUUGACAGGACAUACGAAGAUGAAAGACAGAGAAAUUUUCUUUUCCCGUUUUGUAGACAUGGCUUACUCAGAGUUGCUUUCAUGCACAUACCUAUCUUGAAUAAAUGAUUAUGAUAAUCUGCUA